AUGCUACCUCCGAGCAUCCAAACCGUGGGCCGGCGAGCAUGGAAGGUCCUCCGAGGGAAUUGGCAUCUCGGGGUCACAGCCUUUGGGGGUCCGCCUGUCCAUUUCCGGAUUUUUCACGAACGGUUUGUCCAGAAACGAGAAUGGGUCGAUGAGCAGAUCUUCCAAGAGCUUUUCAGCCUCUCGCAGCUCCUCUCCGGACCGGCAAGCACCAAGAUGCUGUAUUGCAUCAACCUGAUCUACGGCGGCUUCACCACCGCGCUGCUCAGCUUUCUAAUAUGGAGUCUCCCCGGGGCCUUUGGCAUGUUUGGCCUCGCCCUCGGGGUGGCGAACAUCGGUGACAAGCUCCCGGGACCUGUGUACGCACUACUCUCCGGACUCAACGCCGCGACCGUGGGGGUGAUUGCCCUCGCAGCCGUGGAGCUCUCCCAGCGGGCCGUCACGGACAAGUUGACGCGGUUCAUCGUCUUCUUCACCGGUUCAGCGGGCAUGUUGUACAACGCUCUGUGGUAUUUCCCUGUCUUAAUGGUCGGUUCGGGAAUCGCCACGUUACUCUACGACUUUCGCUGGUUCCAUAUCCUCGCCCACAGUAUAGCCUGCGCCGCUAAAUCCCUACGCUCCCGACGACAACAACCUGAACAACCCGAACAGUCCCAACCCGCAUCCGAAACCCCACGAGCCGAAUCCACAACCAACCUCGACGACACCCGCGAAGAAGAACCCUCCCCCCGUAUCAUCCCACCAUCGCACCACCUCCCUGUACCCGCCUCCCUCACCUGGAAAACAGGUGCCCUAAUAAUCACUCUCUUCUUCGUGACCUUCAUAGUCUGCAUCACCCUCCGCGGCGUCCUCCCCGACCCCCUCCCCUUACUCUUCCAUCUCUUCGCCAACAUGUACCUCGCCGGCACCAUCCUCUUCGGCGGCGGUCCCGUUGUUAUCCCUCUGCUCCGCGAAUACGUUGUAGCCGAAGGCUGGGUAUCGCCACGUGAUUUCAUCAUCGGGUUGGCCGUCAUUCAGGCGUUUCCCGGGCCGAACUUCAACUUUGCUGUGUUCUUGGGGACUUUGACAGCGUUGGGGGGCGGGUACUCGGGUUUAUUGGGUGCGUUGACGGCGUGGGUGGGUAUUUUUGCACCCGGGUUGGUGUUGGUGCAUGGGACGAUGGGGGUUUGGAGCGCGAUCCGGGCGCGGAGGGCGGUGAGGAGUGCGUUGCGUGGAGUGAAUGCUGGUGCGGUUGGGCUGAUGUACACAGCAGUGUAUCGGAUUUUUGUGGUUGGGUAUGUGGAUGAGGGCUUUCAGUCGGGUCGAAGCUUGGGGGAUGAUCCGUGGUGGGUGGUGAUUACGGCUACGAGUUAUGUGGGGGGGCGGUACUUUAAGGUGAACGCGCCUUUGGCGAUUGCUUUGGGCGCAGCGAUGGGUUUGGUGAGGUAUGCUGUGGUUUCUGCUUGA